CUUUCAAUGACUUUCGAUGUUCGACCUUGCCUUCCCUGCCAAGUAAGGGUGGGCACCGGGAAGGAUGCCCUCAGCGAUUGGGCUGGUUUAUUCUUCUUGGACUAAAAUGCGCCUCCCAGAAACCGAGUUCAAAUAUCAUGAAAGCCCAUGAGUGCUUUCAUCCAGUUGAAGCCCAGCAGUUUCUGUGGUGGUAAACGACCUAAACGCAUAUAACCAGUAUACUAUAUAGCCAAAAACCCUAGCUCUCCCUCGCAUUCCCUCGUGUUCCUGCGGCGCUGCAAAUCUCGGCCAAUUGUCAUCGGUAACCUCCUUUCUCCCUUCCCCUUCCUCUCGCCGUUCACUUCCAAUCUUCCUUCUGAGUUUCGCUAACUCGGUGAUCUCUUUUUCUCUGUUUUUUAGUAGAGGUAGCGGAAGGAAGUCGAAGGAGGGAACGAAAAUGAGCCGCGGAGCAGCAGGUGGUGCCGCCGGCGCCAAGGGCAAGAAGAAGGGAGUUACCUUCACCAUCGACUGCGGUAAGCCCGUCGAGGACAAGAUCAUGGACAUCGCCUCACUCGAGAAGUUCCUCCAGGAGCGCAUCAAGGUCGGCGGCAAGGCUGGAGCUCUCGGCGACGCAGUCGUCAUCACCCGCGAGAAGUCGAAGAUCACAGUCACCUCCGAUUCCAACUUCUCCAAGAGGUACCUGAAGUACUUGACGAAGAAGUACUUGAAGAAGCACAAUGUUAGGGAUUGGCUUCGUGUGAUCGCUUCCAACAAGGACCGUUCCAUCUACGAGCUGAGAUACUUUAACAUUGCCGAGAACGAAGGCGAGGAGGAAGAUUGAGAGUUAUCUCUGUAAUCGUUUCUGCCCAAUCGAGAAUCUUAGUUUUGAUUUGCAUUUAGGGUUUAAGUGAAAGUCUUGAAAUUUGUGAGUUUUGCCGAAUUCUAUCUAUAUCACAGUUUGCCUUGGUUGACAAUUUUGUGCUUAAGAACCCGAAUUUCUUCAAUGAUGUGCCUGCUUACAUUUGGCUGAAGUUUUAUCUUUCUACCAUUUAUUGGACACAACAUUCGAUUUUCCAGAUUUCUACAGUUUCUGGUAUUGCUACCGGAUGCAUUUGAAUCUCUUAUGUCCAUGUUUCUUCUCUAGCAAUAGCCCUAGUAUUGAGAUUACAUUUCCACUCAGCACAGUUUGUCCCAGUAUAGCGAUAUUUGCCUUUGAUGCCCUUGCAGCUACACUUAAUAUCUCUUUCGAUAUGGACACUCCUACGUUUUUAUCAUCAUCAGUGUCUUGGAAAAACAAAUCCAUGAGUUUAUAUCCUUUAUCUGUUCAAACUAGAUGCUGCAGUUCAUACUUUGCUAUGCCUUCAUCUUGGUUUCUCUUAGACAUCAAUAUGGCAGCAGCAUUGACUUGUUCUCUCACCAUUGUAGCAAUUUAGUCCUAGCAUCUUGGUGCCCAUUAUGAGCGCCAGAGAGCCUGGGUUUGCUUUGAGCAAGUCUCGCCAGGCUAGCUCUACGAAAUACUGAUUUUAUUCCAGCACUGCAUCCCAUGCCUGAUAAGUUGUAUGUCCUGAUGUAGCUCCUCAUUCUGAACUUCUUCCUCGCCAUGGAAAAUAGAGAUGGGUUGUUGGAGCGAACAUGGAAUUAUUGCAUAUCACAGGUCGAUUGCUUUUGGAUUUGUGCUGGUGAUCUUUAGGACAUCUGAGGCUACAUUGAAUGGGAUGCUUUGAAUCUUCUUUUUCGGCGAGUGGAUUCUGUUUAGUACAGGAGUUCUGGCAAGGUAUUCUGGAAUCCCAGUUUACUCCUGAAUAGUAUUAUGAGCUGGAAUGAUAUGGUAUCAUGGUGGAUGUUUUCGAAAUAAAGUCGCCCAUGGUAGAAGGCUGUAGGGUCUUGGUCUUGAGGUAGCAGCCUGUAGCAUGAGAAGUCGAGUUGGUAAAUACAGCUCGCCUUCUGCAGGUGUGGUUCAGAAAGAGUGAGGCUGCAGCUGCUACCUCCUAGAAUGUGAUUAAUUGGUGGGUUCUUAAGGAUUGGAGAUGUGGGAACUCAGGAAAUUGUUGCAUAGUUGGGACCAUUUGUUUUCCAUAUCAAAAUAGCAGACAACUCCCUUCAAUUCCUCGUACAACUGGCAUCGAAAGUUUCAUGGAGUCCUUCUUGAUCAUGGCGGUUACGGCGAUGGGCCCAAUGGCUGCUGAGGCCCUGCUUGGUAUCAUCAACGGCCUUUUGGGCUUGGUCUACUUCCACGGGACUGUGUUUUGCAGUGCCAAUGGAAACAUGGGUGCAAGCAAACGGCAGUUUUCCUGUUAAGCUAUAGUACAUGGCUCUGUUUAUGAUGCUACACCAUAUAAACAUGACUAUUGAUC